AUGAAUGAAGCCAGUUACUUUUCAAUUCAAGGAGGCGGUCUCAAAACUUGCAUUAAGACAAGAUGGAUAUCAAUUUUUGAAUCAACAAAUUCAAUUGUAAGAAUGCAUCAAGCUUUAGAAGAAGUAGUUAUUAAGUAUCCUGAUGAAAUUAAAAGCAGACCAGUCAAAAAAAUAUUGAAAAAGCAAGGGUUUUUUGAAGAAGUUGCAUCAUUGUCUCAAAUAUUAUUGCCAAUUAAAAACACUAUAAAAAUCUUAGAAAGUGAUAAUUCAACUCUAGCUGAUGUAUUUAUACAAAUGAUUCGUCUUGCUUUUAAAUUAAAAAAUAUUAAUGUUGGCAACAUGAUUGAAUUAAAAAGACAUUCAAUUUGUGCAUUUAAUAAAAGAUGGGGUGAAUUUCAAAUCGAUCCUUAUAUAUUGGCUUACUUUUUACACCCUGGGUAUAGAGGUAAAUUUUAUUCUACAUUGGCAUUAAAACAGGACAAUACAAAUAAAUCAAAUGCAAAGGCAGUUUGCAUUUGUUGUAUGCAAAGGGUCAGAGGUUUAGCUAUUGCACAAGUAACAUCAGGAUGUUUUACUUCAAAUAAAGCAAGACUUU